AUGAAACGACUAAUCAGAAAUUACGAAACAAUCAUCCCUAUGUUGGAACAAGCCCCCGAAGUUCAACAGAAGUACCUGGUGCAGCAUGAAGAGUUCGUCGACCGUUUCCACAAAAUAACCAUCGACUGGAAGAAAAAGAAACCAGUAGUAACAACAAGUAUGGCAAGCCCCAUACUUCAAGUAGCAGCUCCAAGUGGAAACAAUACACCUCCAAGCACAAUUACUCCACCGAUGAAUGCGAUGCAACUGCAAGUACCUUCAAUCCCGUGGAACAUUUCACAUCUGUUACCACGGAUAGAAAUCACCAAGUUUGAUGGAGAUCUUAGCAAAUGGGAGGAUUGGUGGGCAAUUUUUCGCACACUGAUCCACGAGAAUCCGUCAAUGAGACCCAUCGAGAAAUUCAGCAGACUGAAGUUGCAUUUAACGGAGGACGCAGCUGGUGCGAUAUCGUACUUGGAUCUGACAGACAACAAUUAUAUCAAAGCAAUAGAUAUUUUGACUGGGAAAUACAACAAGCCGAGAUCGGUAAAAGCAGACCAUUAUAUUGCCAUUACAGAACUUCCAAGAGUAGAACAUCAAGAAGACUUUAAAGGACUACGGAAACUACAUGACAAGGCAAUGGGCCAUGCUUUAAACCUCAACAAUUUAGACCAACAAACAGCUCAGAAUGAAGCAAUUAUGGAAAUCUUGACAAGAAAACUGCCAAUUGAACUAAAAUCUCGAUGGCAUGUUUUAUCUCCACAAAAGUUGCUGACCGGAAGACAACCUGGAGCUACAUCAGAGUCACCCGACUCAACGAAGAUGAGCCGUGAUGACCUCAUCGAACUGGACAAGCAGAGGAGCGAACACGCCUUAACAUGGUGGAGGCUGUGGCAAGAGUCAUACCUGUCUGAUCUUAAGCGAUUUCACUGUCGCAAGGGAAAGGGCACCAGAAUUCCGCGUGUUGGCGAAAUCGUCCUGCUAAAAGAACCUAACAUCAAACGUGUUUCGUGGCCGACAGCUAUUGUUACAGGAGUGAUACCUGGAAACGACGCCAAGGUGCGAGCGGUUGUUUUACGACUACGUUCGGGUAAGGAAACCACCAGGAGCAUCCAGACUGUCUAUCCAUUAGAAGUUCAAGCCGAUAUCGACACGCCCGUCGAUGAUACCGAAAUCGGCACAGUGGAGAAGACUACGUCUACAAGAAAGAAGAAUCCGCUCCAUACUUGGGCAUGCAAUGAAUAUAGUACUGAUAAGAAAUCCCAACCCUUUCAAAAUCGCAUCAGAAAAUCAGUUACAAAAGACGUAGAGUUUUUACUAAACAGCCCAAUCACAGAUACAGAAUCUGGAAAAAGACUCUAUAGUAUCUCUUAUGCGUGGGGACCAUUAAGACUUGGCCAUCCUAAAAUUAUACAAACAAUCGAAUCAGGAAUAUUGGUUGAAAAAGACACUAUUGUCUACAUUUUCUAUAAUUCGUCCAAACCCACUAACCAGUUAACAAUACACCACCAAUUUGAUAUUGAUGACCAACUCCCUCUGGGCACUGACCUAGAAUAUAUUGUCGACCAAACCAUAAGAAUCCAAAAAACUGACUCCUGUAUCACAACAACUGACGCAAACCAAAUCAUCGCUGAAAAAUGUUCAGAAAAAACAACGCGAUGGAUAUUGGAUAUGUUAAAUUAUCAACUCAUAUCCCAAGAGAAACAUCUAUGCCUCACAGUUAAAACGCAAAACGAGACCAAAAUAAACACACCAACAAAUACACUGGAGCUUGUCAGAUGCAGCAGACCAGAAAACAUGGACGAAAAUCAACGGUGGGUUUUCGGGACCAUCAACACAAAUCCAGAAAUCUUAGAAAAUUUUCCGGAAACAUCGAUCGACGAACUGGAAGAAAUUCAACUAGAACAACGAAGGACAAUGACCACUACCAUUAAUUCACCAAUAUUUGGAGGAUUGAUAAAAUUUUACCACGGCAAAGGAAAUAUAAUUUGGGACCUGAUCAACUGGGGGUUACUAAAAAGCGGAAAGCCACCAAACGAAAAAUGUGUCACAUACAAUGGCUUAGCAAACGUAUUAACAUUGGAAACCUGUGACCCAAAUUGGACACAAUGUCAGGAAAGUCUAAAGAAACUCAUCACCAGCAAUGACCCUCUUGUACAAACCCAAACAUCUGUAGCUAACUGUAGCCAGAGCAGUGACAAAGGCCAAGCCUUUGAAUACUCUGCUGAUUUUACAAUAAGACCUUUUAACACCAACCAUUGUAUAAAGGCAAAUACGUCAAUGGUAAUACUACAGGAAUAUUCAAAUACCAGCUCCAUCUGGGGAACCUUCGAUCACACAGGCCAAUUAAUGGCCACCGACCGGACUGGACUACACUCUCCAGCAUCAGACAGAAAAUGUCUCACCCUAAAGACAGGAAAAUUAGCACUAGGUCAUUGUCACGGAGGAAGCAAGAAACAGCACUUUAGUUUUGAAUAUAAAAACCCACAUCAAAUAAAAACAUUAUCGGUCGCAGCAAUUAUAGCACUACACACACAACACUCACUAAAUGGUAAAACCCUGCCGGUAAUUCCACCAAUAACUAGAAGAGAUAUCAACGAUGCGUCGUUACAAAACAAAAUGAGUGUACCACCUAGUCAAGAAAAAAAUCUAAAAAUGUCCACAACAGCAGUUACCCCUACUACUACAAUCACAACAAAGCCAACAACUACUACGGUCAAAACUGCAGCAACCACAUCCAAAAUUACAGUAACCACCACAUCAAAACCAAUAACAACCACAACCACAAAACCAACCACAACCACAAAACCAACCACAACUACAAAACCCACCACAACCACAAAACCCACCACCCCUACAAAACCCACCACCACUACAAAACCAACAACACCCAAACCAACAGCAACAACAAAUUCCCUACAAACAACAACAAAAUCGACGACUACAACAACUACCCCCCCGAGCACAACAUCAACGAGUGCUACAACUUCAAAAACAACCAUAGCCACAAUAAAUUCAACAAAAAAUCAGGCAAGUGAAGCAUUAAAAUUAACAACACUGGAUGAAAAUAGGAAACCGGAGGCAGGCACAUACCAGUCACCAAUCAACGAAGACCCUAACUACGGAUUACCAAAAUCUAUCAACGAACUUAAUAGACACCUUAAAUUUGAAAUCAGCAAAAUGCACGAGCAAUACAAAAUUAGCAUGGAAACUGAACACGAGAACAAAUUAGCUAAGGAAAUCAGAGAUGUUUAUUGCCAGCUUUCAAAAAUUAAGAGAACACAGGCAAUAAUCCUGGCGCAAACAAACGGAAUAUUAGCAGCCGCCGCCUUAGGAUUACCAGUAUGCAGUCGACUGUAUGGUUUUGGACAAGCCAUGACCCUACAGCAAUGCGAACCAAAAAGAAUAUUACUAACUGCCAACGAAACAAAAUGUGGAUUCCAACCUUUUUUUAAUUAUGGAACAAGCGACUGCACAAUUGGAACCGAUGGAUGGUCAAUCCACCCGUACUCUGAGUGUUUUUGGAAAUCACAACUUGUAAACAUCAAUGGAUACCCUCAUGCUUGGGAGCACAACGAAACAAACGGUGAUUGGGUUAGACAGGAAGCCACCAUACACACACCGAAUUUGGACCUGAUCGCCGAAUUUGAAGAACUUCACUUAAACGACUUUGAUUUCGCCCUCAAGAGCCAUCCGGCCCAUGAUACAAUGGAGAUGGAACAACUAAAUAUACUGAACGACUUAGUAGGAAGGUUACAAGAAGGAGAAACAAAAUCUCUACCAAAUAUCAUCGUGACCGAAGAACAAGAUAAUCAAAUUGGGAAUAUGUUUUCUUGGUUCGACACACUUAAAAUUAUGGGAUUAUCUGUAAUAGGAUUUAUACUCUUCCUGAUAUGCCUACGAAUCUUCAUAGUUUGCAACCCUUUCCCACGAAUCAUGCAUCAAGUAGAGAAAAGAAGAAAAAUACGAGAAGCAAAUGAAAGUAAAGACCGACAGGAAAUGGAUUCAAUGCUACCAGAAGGCGUAGAGGAACAGCCCUUCACACGAGAAUUUGCGCCACUACCACUAAUGGCUUCUUCCUCACAAGAUAGAGAAACAGCAAUUAAAAUAAGGAAACCAAGUGCACCCAGAACGGAAAAUUUAUACCCAAUGGCGGAAUUAAAAUGGGAAAAUGAGAACAAAAACUGCACUGGCAGUCAUACGACAUGCACCUACGUCGUUGGUUAUGGAAUGAUCAAUUACAUCGAAGUGGAAAAAGAGUCGGACAGCAACGACGGCAGCAGUAGUACUGUAACUAUUCCUUUAGGAGUAUAA